CGACCCACCACUGCUUGCCCAGUUUCAUUGAAACCUACGCACACUCCGCUUUUUUGCCUCUUGACUUCAGUCAAGACAAUUUGUUCAAAGUGUAGGAUGUCUUGAAGAGAAUGAACGACAAAGAGGGCACGCCGGGGUACUCGUACUGGGACUAGAUCCACUGGCGGUAGCUUGCUGUUGAUUCAGCCAGGCCCGUCGUAACUCAGACACUGCAUCCCUUUACUAGCGAUAGCCCUGAACCAAUCCAUUGCAAGUCCGCGCUUUGAUCGAAGGAUCCACAUCAAAUUGACGGCGAGGCUGGCAGCAAUCGUCCGUCGAAAGAGCUACAGGUGGAACGAAUUAUUUGUUGGUCAACACAAUUUUAUUAUCUCAAUCACCAAUCGUAGCCUGCUGAUAUCAGCUCCGGAUUUGCGCUGCACAACGUGGCGAUCUAGGCUGUAAUGGCUCGUCUUGUUGCUGCGCGCUCGCUGCCUCGACUGGUCUUACCUGAACCAGCAGCGAUGAAUGCGGCCGGAGAUACACACGGUUACAUCGGCAGUGAGAUCGCUUCGCCAGCUGAGGAUAUGCUGCACUGUGGAUCGCUGCCAACCCUCGACUCCGUCUUGGCCAACGAGUUGGCGAAACGAAUGGGCAGCGAUCCUGCUGCGGAGGACGACGACGAAGCGGAGCACGAUAAACAACUACGACUGGCGGCACACGUCGGGCAGAUUCUACUCGAGCGACACGACAAGCAAGAGCAGAAGAUCGAACAACUGCAGCGCUUCAUCGAGGAGAUUCUAGAACAAAAUCGGGAACUCAACGGCGACCUGGGGGCAGCACGGGAGAACAGCCGAGUGCUGGAAGCAGAGCGCGACUUCCUGGAUGCCUCGUUGCAGGAGGUUGAGGUGCAGCAGCGGGACAUGGCUGCAGCUCGUGUCACUGCUGAUGUACGGCAGGCCAAUCUGCAGCAACGUGUGAAGGAAAUGAGUACGCGGUGCGAGGAGCAGGAAGCCGAGCUGGAAACAUUGCAGCUGAAGUUGAAGACAGCGCAGGGCAGGCAUAGCUCAGCGGAAGGCUCAACGGACAACACUCCACGGACCAGUCCGGGCGGUGGUCAGCUAGAAGAGCGUGCGAAGGACAGUACUGGCGAGGACCCGUGGCGGCUAGUUGCUGACCUGCGCAGUCGCCUCGAAGAGCAGUCACGAGCGAGUGCUACCCGCGAGAACAAUCUUCGCGAGGAGCUGGCUAGGUCGGAAGCAGAGCGGCAGGCAGUCUCGGACAAGCUGAAAGGGACGCAGAAUGCCGUUCGGAAUGCUUUCCAGCGGCGCAGGUUCAGUACCGAGGACAGUUCCAGCUCUGAAGUGUUGGUUGCGGUCGACGACACUGUAGCAGGGCAUGAUGACGGGGAUGGAGAUGAAACUGAUGGCAGUGAACUGGCAGUAUCGGCACUAUCUUCUCUUCAAGUUGACGAUAGCAGUUCUGCUAUGCAAUCACUGCCAGUAACCGCUUACAGCUCCACACUGCAUCGGUCCAGAUCUCAGUGUCAAGCAGGGGGACAACGGCCACGCAUUGCUCAACGCCUAUUCCAAGAUGAGGACCGCCAGCAGAAGGCCACCGCGAGGACAAGUAGCAGCGGUACUAGUCCAUCGGCCAACCCUGGCUUGUCACUUUGGUCCGAAGUCUCUCAGCAGAAUGCCGGCUUGCAGCAUCGCUACGAGAAUCUCCUCCGCUCCUUUCACUGUAAUCCAGGUGACUAUGCGACGACUCCGUCCGCCCUGCCCAAGAGCAGCUACUCCGGACUGUUUGAGGACCUGUUUGGAAUGCUGCACAAGCUGAAAUCCCGUCUCGUCACCGACUUGACAGCUACGUCCGAAUCACCGUUGGAACUGAGCUCGGAAAUCCUGAUGCCAAUGUAAAGUGUGGGAUCCCUUUAUGAUCAAGUUCAGAUCCAUAUCUGAUAAUCUUUUUUUUCCUCUCCGGUUUUAGGCAUAUUCCCGUAUUCUUGCACGUCACUUGAAAGUUGGCCACAGCCUCUAUUGGUGCAUACGCCAGCUCCGCAUUAUUUGGGUUUUUCUCCAUUUGAACCAUCAGUAUUUAUGAGCACCACUGCACAAAGCAAUGCUGAUUGUUGACAGGUUGAGAAAAAAAACAAGACUAUUCCAUCAGCACAGUAGCUAACUCGUUUUCUCCUGUUGCACGCCAGCCCUGUUUUUCAAGUUCCUCUCCCGAUAUACUCUCCAUACGCAAUCCACAAACAUCUAUAUUUUUUGAAAUAUGUCUCAGCGCUCCGACUUUGCAAUAUUUAUGCCAAUAGAUGUGAAAUUGUGCCUGCAAGUGCAAGCAAUGGGGCACUUUGUAUUAUCGUUUAGAGCUCUACCUGAAGCUUAAUCCAUUGCAUCAGAAGUUCUAAAUCUUGCAUUUCUUUGUUCUCUUGAGCAACAAUUUCACGGGAUUUUGCUGGCUUUUCGCAGUGUACAAGCAAUUGAAUGCACUAUUUACGCAAGUUUCACGCUCUUCCCAGCUGAUCAGGAUUUGCUGCGUCUGU